UCAAAUUGACGUAAUCAGCUGUGACUUCUGUUUAAAAAUAAAUGAAAGAAAGAUAACCUUCCAAAAAUAUGGAAUAACAAAUCUACAGCAAUAUCUGAAGAAUAAUAUUAUUACAUGACUUACUGAUAAAUUUAGAGAUGAUUGUUAUGCUAUGAUAAUAAUAUUCGUUAUAACUCUUGUUGAUGACAAAUGAUAUUAUAGUGAGAGAACAAAUUCUUCAGUGAUUAUAUAAUUUGUCUAUUAUCAAUAAUGGCAGGUAGAAAAAUCAUAAUUGGUGGUGGUACAGGCUUUAUUGGAAGCCAUUUAGGGGAACUUUUGACCUCAAAAGGCUACUCUGUUCUCAAUGUAGCCCGGAAGCCAGCCACAAACAAUAUCUCGUGGUCAGUCUUAGAGCAAUCGGGACUGCCCAAAGCUUGUGCAGUUGUCAACUGUGCUGGACAACAAUUUAUGGAUUUCACAAAAUCCUGGACACCUGGAUUUAAACAAAAUGUCAAGAACUCCAGAGUUUACACAACUAAAGCAUUAGCUAAAGCAAUUAACGAGAGCAAAGACAAGCCAAAGGUUUAUGUUGUCCUCACUGGCGUUGGUGCUUAUGAACCUUCAACGUCAAACAUUUAUGAUGAGUGCAGUCCCACCACAGGCCACGAUUUCUUUUCUCGACUCACAGUCGAGUGGGAGAAGGCUGCUCAAGUGGAUGAACCUGUUAGGCUUGUAAUAGUUCGUUGUGGCGCUGUCCUAGGCCGUUGGGGUGGUAUGAUCAAAAACAUGUUCCUUCCUUUCUACCUCGGGCUCGGCGGCCGCAUUGGCAGUGGCACGCAGUACUUACCAUGGAUCCACAUAGACGACCUCGCUCGACUGAUACUAUUUUCAAUCGAAAAUGAAAAUGUUAAAGGUGUACUAAACGGUGUGGCGCCGCAAGUUAUAACCAACGAUGAUUUCACUAAAUCGUUUGCUAGAGCGUUGCGGCGACCCGCUUUUUUCCCAGUGCCGGAAGUUAUUCUAAACAUGGUGUUGCAUGAGGAGCGAGCUAUGAUAAUGACGAAGGGCCAACACGUCGUGCCGAAGCGAGUCUUAGAAUACGGCUUCGAAUAUAAAUACGCAGAUAUCGACGAAGCCUGCAAAGAAUUCGCGCACCUCUGUCCUCCUAAGAAACAACCGCUUAAAUAGAUACGUAAGUAAGUAGUCGCAAAUUGUAAUCGAAUGACGUUAUUUAAAUACGAUGCAUUUUUAAAGCAAUCUCUGCUUAUGUUGUUUCUGUAAUUGUAAUUAAAUACUAGUGAUUGUUAAAGUCUUAUUAAAUAAUAAUAGUAUUUA